CUGGGCCUUCGGGCCGCAGCCAUGGCCAUCGCCCACCUGGCCACGGAGUACGUGUUCUCGGACUUCCUGCUGAAGGAGCCCGGCGAGCCCAAGUUCAAGGGGCUGCGGCUGGAGCUGGCCGUGGACAAGAUGGCCACGUGCAUCGCCGUGGGGCUGCCGCUGCUGCUCAUCUCGCUGGCCUUCGCGCAGGAGAUCUCCAUGGGUACCCAAAUAAGUUGCUUCUCCCCAAGUUCUUUCUCCUGGCGUCAGGCUGCCUUUGUGGAUUCUUAUUGCUGGGCAGCUGUGCAGCAGAAGGGCUCCCUGCAGAGCGAGUCUGGAAACCUCCCACUGUGGCUGCAUAAGUUUUUCCCCUACAUCCUGUUACUAUUUGCCAUCCUCCUGUACCUGCCACCCCUUUUCUGGCGUCUAGCAGCCGCUCCUCAUAUUUGUUCCGACUUGAAGUUUAUCAUGGAAGAACUUGACAAAGUUUACAACCGUGCAAUUAAGGCUGCAAAGAGUGCCCGUGACCUUGACCUGAGAGAUGGUGCCUACGCAGUUCCAGGUGUCAGCGAGAAUGCAGGGCAGAGUUUGUGGGAGAUAUCUGAAAGCCAUUUCAAGUACCCAAUUGUAGAACAGUAUUUGAAGACAAAGAAGAACUCCAAUAAUUUAAUCCUCAAGUACAUUGGCUGCCGGCUGGCAACACUCACCAUCAUAGUGUUAGCGUGUGUCUAUCUGUGCUAUUACUUUAGCCUGUCUUCACUCUCGGAUGAAUUUGUCUGCAGCAUCAAAUCGGGGAUCUUGAGAAAUGACAGCACUGUUCCUGAUCGGUUUCAGUGCAAACUCAUUGCUGUUGGCAUCUUCCAAUUGCUCAGCUUCAUUAACCUUGUGGUGUAUGUUCUGCUGACACCUGUGGUCAUCUACACACUGUUUGUUCCAUUCCGACAGAAGACAGAUGUUCUCACAGUAUAUGAAAUCCUGCCUACUUUUGAUGUUCUGCAUUUCAAAUCCGAAGGGUACAAUGACUUGAGCCUCUAUAACCUUUUCUUGGAAGAAAAUAUAAGUGAACUCAAGUCAUACAAGUGUCUUAAAGUACUGGAGAAUAUUAAAAGCAGUGGUCAGGGGAUCGAUCCAAUGCUGCUCCUGACUAACCUGGGCAUGAUCAAAAUGGAUAUGAUUGAUGGCAAAACUCCCCUGUCUGCCAUGACCAAGGGAGAGGAUCAGGGGAGUCGGAUGGCAGAGCUCAAAGAUUUGAACAUACACAGUGAAAUGAAAGCAAAUAAUGAAGAGAAGAAUGCUCGACAGAGACUUCUGAAUUCUUCUUGCUGAUGAUUUUGUUCUUGAACUUUGAGUCUCUGACUUCCAAGACACAGGAUUCAUUUCAACUAAAGCACUCCAUUGGAUUCACAGUUGGUUUGCAGUAAAUGGUUUUUGGUAGUGAAAGUGAGCAUGUCUUAUUGAGCUCCUAAUGAACAUAAUGGUAUACAAAAUGUUAUGAAGCUUAACUUCCUACAAGAAACACAUGGAAAUAAGUAAAAUAUAGCAACUAUCUAUGUAGAAGUCCACACUGAUGAAAAGUGGAACUCUUAAGAACAGUGCAGAGCCUGUUAGAGCCUCAGAGACAAUUUGUACCGUGCCCACGUGUGAUGUGACCCAGGGCUUGCAGAGAGCGAGUUUCAGGAGAUCUUUCUUCAGGAGAUUUGUUUUAUUUGGUGAAAUAAACAUAUCAGGAUAUAAUUUAA